UUCAUGGUAAGUUUAUGUCUAGGUGCCUUAUCUCACAAGGUGCUGAGCUCCUUGUGUAGACUUUAGUGGGAGUUUUGGGUGCAAGAACAAUAUGUGCUUUGUCUCAUGAUCACUAUCUUCUGACACCUCCUCUCCUUUCCACUUUUGCAUUUUAAACAGUUAGGGGUUGACUGUGCCAGUGUAUUUGCCAGUACCAGAAUAAUCUUUCAUGAUUUGACCUAUCUCUUAAGUUAUUAUACAGGGAGCCUCUGGAAGCUUGAACUAUGGUCUAUGCCAAAACUGGGUGUAUAAAUUGUGCUGUACCUGGAACAAUGUCUUCUGACAUGGAGUCCCUUCCUUCUCAAAUGCAUUACUCCUUCUGCUUGCAGCACUGGCAGAUCCCUCUCGGCCGAAGGUUUCGUUCCCUGAAAAUGUGGUUUGUGUUUAGAAUGUAUGGAGUCAAGGGACUACAGGAGUACAUCCGUAAGCAUGUAAAACUGUCACAUGAAUUUGAAAACCUGGUACUUCAGGAUAAACGAUUUGAGAUCUGUGCUGAGGUCACACUGGGACUGGUGUGCUUCCGACUAAAGGGCUCCAAUGAACUGAAUGAGGCCCUUCUUAAAAGCAUAAAUGAUGCCAGGAAGAUCCAUCUGGUUCCAUGUCACCUGAGAGAGAAGUUUGUGCUACGUUUUGCCAUUUGUUCCCGCACAGUGGAGUCUGUCCAUAUCCAAUUUGCCUGGAAGCACAUCUCAAAGCUAGCAACUGACCUUCUGAAAGCACAGGACAAGCAGCAGCAGUGAGGAAUGGGAGUGGGGUAAGGAGUGUUAAUUGAUUUUCUCCAUGCUGCCAAGUUUUCUUUAGUGGGAGGGGGAAUUAUGAGGGGGGAAAUAUAGCUAUUGAUAUUAUAUGGCCCAGCUACACUACCAAAAUGACUGUCAGCAAAUUGUGGUGUAACAUGGUCUCCUGAUUGCAUUAUACCAUGAUUAUGGUCCUGUAAAAAUCAGGGCUGUAAGGAGUUCUAUAAAUGGUUUUAACACUGUUUGUUCUUGCCUGUGUAGACAGGACCAAAUUAUCUUAUUAUAACACAGUUGGAGCACUAUCCGGGUCUAUUUGUUAUCAUGGUAGUUUUGCAAGUGACCCUUGAAGACAUCUGCUUUCCUAGGUGGCAGAGCCAGUGGUAAGAAAGGAAUUAGAGGAACUCUAAUAGCUCCUAAUGUAACAAUUUUCUAUAUAGAUUCCUCUACCUUCCCUUAAAAAGGGUUAGCUUUGGAGGCAACCAUCCUCUUAAAAUGCAAUGUUCUACAUAUUGCUAAUUCUAUUUGCCUACAUAGGUACAGUAACUCCUCACUUAAUGUUGUAGUUAUGGUCCUGAAAAAUGCAACUUUAAGGGAAACGAUGUUAAGCGAAUCCGA